AUGGACUCUUCUUCCAUUGCUGGAACAUCAACAACCCACAACAACAGCACCAUCCUUGGGCAAUGGCUUUCAGGGGAAGGCGAUUCCCUUGCCGGGCCCACCACCCAACCUGGCCAAAACCAAGACCAGGAACAACAACCACAACACUCCAUCACCACACCGCCCGAACAGUCCUUCGGACCCGAAGGACAAACUACCGUCCGGCCCUCGGACAAUACUACUGAGGUACUCUUAGGAGAAGUAGAGGCCGAAGAAGAACGGUCAAUACACGUGGUCCAGAGCACACGAACAAGGCGGUUCAAGAACCGGAUUGCAGAUUUGGAUUAUACGAUGGCCCCACCUGGACCGUUGGACGUGCAAGGGUGUCAGUUCUUGCCGUCGCAUGUUUCUGUCCAGAAGGUGCCUGUGAUUCGGAUCUAUGGCGCUAAUGAGGCUGGACAGAAGUCUUGUGUUCAUAUUCAUCAGGGAUCAUUGGAGCCAGCUGAACUACAUGGCUACAUCCACCAACUGGGAGUCAGUCUGAAUCACGCGUCGGCAAUCACGUUCAACACGCCCCCGCAGGAUCUCCGGAAAUCACAAUAUGUUGCUGCGAUCACACCUGUCAAGGGCAUUCCAUUCUACGGAUACCAUGUGGGUUACUCAUACUUUCUCAAGAUCUACCUGUUCAAUCCGGAUUUCGAGAAUCGCAUCGUCGAGCUGAUGCGGAGUGGUGCUGUCAUGCGGACUGUCUUUCAACCAUUCGAGGCCCAUGUUCCCUUUCGGCUCCAGUUCUGUAUCGACUACAACUUGUAUGGGAUGGGAUGGCUGGAACUCGAGGAUGCUCUUCUGAGGAGCGAUGUGCCAACUGCUGCUGAGGGUGAUCACCCAAAGAGAUUGACAAAGGGAACGGUCAUGGAUACGAGGAUUUGGUCACCCGAGAACGACCCAGGACGGAUGUCGUAUUGCGAGAUCGAGAUGGAUACUACAGCUGAUCGGAUCAUCAACCGAGAUCUUGCACCUGAGCGAGAUACACAUUUCUCAUUGGAGGAGUGCUUCAAGCCACCGCCCUCAACAGCUCAAGUACCCUCUGUCGCAGGCCUGUGGGAGGAUGAUGUGCGGAGGAGAAAAGCAAACAACCUCCCUUCUCAGGAAGCACCGAAGACACAGAUUCGGGAGCCAGAGACAAUACCAUGGCUGAACAACGAUCUCAACAAACGCAUGGUGGCCAGCCUAGUCAAAGAGAUGGUGGAGCGCCAGAGUCAGGAAAAGAAUCCAACUCAGGGUGACUUUGACAAUUACAGAACCAAAGACGAUCCUCUUGCCGAGUCGUUGAUGACGGCCUAUGAGAGUGUCGAGUUUAUGUGUCCAAGAUUGGUCCCAGAGUCGGAGGAGCCGUCCAGGCAUCAGACGCAGUUGCAUGUCUCACAUGACGCGUCAUUUGUGAUUGACGAGUCGGAUAGUUCGAUCUUUGUCGAUGAGAGCAUUCUCCAGUCCCAGACGGCUGCCAAGUUUGAUGAGGACAACAUGGACACGCGGAAGGAGACAUUCAAAGGUCUGACAGGUCUCGGAGGGAUUGACGAGCAGGAUGACGAUGAAGAUUCUUUCCCGUUGCCUGAAAUGGACAUUGACGACUUUCAGGAGGAGGACUUUAUGGAUGAGGCGGAGCAUUGGGAUGAUCUCGAGGCCUCAGAUUCCGAACUAGCAGACCCUACUUCUGAUGAAGGACCAGGCUACCGAACAGACGAUGCUUUAGGUCAACAGACGGACGACGACCAUAUUCCACAGUUUGACGGUGGUGGCGAUCUUCGUGAUGAGGAUGGUGCAGGCAAAAAGCAGGAGACGGACGAGGACAAGUGGAAGAAGAUAACCAUAAGGCGCAAGCGAGGUCGUGAUAUAUCGUCAAACAUCGUGGCACCGAUUGAACAGAGCCCCAAAGCCAAGCGAUUUCGCGACCUGGAGCCUGCUGGAGGAUCAGGUGGACAGCGUUUGAAACCAGCGACGCCACCAAUUUUGACUCGCCAACGGUCACGCACAGCAGGAGCCUCGUCCUCAAAACCAGUCGCAUCAGUUGCUCGUGACUCUCCAGCCAAAGCGCCUGCAUCUCGUUUGUUGAAAGUUUCUUCGCCGGUUUCAUAUUCGACACCGGAUGAUGAGGUCAAUCCUAUGGAGACUUUUCGAGGCAGAUAUAUUUUCGACUGCGUUGAGAUUCCCAAGAGGGAGGCCCCAUCGACACCGUCAUCUUCGAGUCGCUCUUCUCAAUCUCCUACCAAGAAGCCUCAAACCCCCGUCAAAACCGCCAGAUAUGCACCAAAGAUGUAUGAGGAGGUCGAGGAUGAUCCAAUCGAGGAUUUCGAUGACGGAGUUGCAGAGGAUGCUGAGAAUGAGAAGCUCGGCGAUCUUCCCAUGGAAGAAUUGACUGGCGAUGAGCCAGAUGUCUUUUCAGUGGACAUCCCACCUGCUUCCAAGGCACCUCUCGGACCUUCCUCACCACCCCGUGAUCUUGUUUCACCACCUUCUCCGCGACAGAACUACUUUCUCUCUACGUUGGAGGAAGUUUGGUCCUCGCCCUCUCCAGAGAUGAGCAAUCCCGACUUUUUCUUCUCCCCUCCUCGCCCCCGAUCACCGGACCUUUUACUCGCCCACUCUACUCUGGCCAAGGCCAACUCAUCCAUCAGCAACACCAGUCGACAGAUGCUUACUUCUCCGUCCUCAAGCACGCCGCAGACCAGUCCUGAGAUGAGCCGAUCCUCACAGCGGAAGCGUUCGGCUGGAGUCAUGUCAGAUCUGGACAUAAUCAACGAGACAGUGUUCGUCAGGAAAUCCGAUCUGGCAGAGCUGCUGGAGGAACGAGAUGUGAAGAGGGAGGGUAGCGUCGAGUCUGGGCAUAGUCGUGGCCACCAGGCUGAGCAUUCUGAGUCGCUCGACAGGCUUUCGAGUGGAGUUCUGGUGGAUGAUUCGAUCAUUGCGGAUGAGAUUGAAGCGUGCACGCCACCCAAGGAACCGUUUCCAUCACCGCAACCAGCUCAGCAGCAUUCACCUCUGAUAUCUGGGCACAGCUCGUCACCUCCUCAGCAUAUGUCUUCGUCGUUGCAGAAUGCGCCACAGAUACCCUAUAACCCACAUUUGGCUCAAGCACUGACAGGCGGUCAUGGGGAGGCGUCAGACAUCCAGGUUUACCAGUUUUCUUUCGCACCGCCUACGACAAAGAGCCUCAUGUCGUCUUUGCCGGAACUUGGACUUCCAAAUCGCGUUCAUCAAAAGCCCUAUUUUUCCAACGAGGCCGAUGUCCCUUCCAAGGCUAAGGUUUUUGGUGGCAAGGAAUUUCGGUUGCAAUCUAAAGGGCUCAAGAGCACGCCGCUGUUCAAAGGCAAGUUUGAUCUGGGCAAGAAAUUGCCACUUGGAGCAGGGUAUCAACACUGGGAGCCCAACUUGCGGCCGCCUUCUUACGCAGAGGCCCUGGUUUGGUUGAAGGAGGAUAAGGAGAGGGUCGAGGCGUCUUUGAGAUCGGCGGCGGAAGCUUCGACGCAACAGAAGCGAGAGAAGAUUUCACAGAUCGAGGGGCCGACUCAAAAGAAUCCGUUUGGCUGCAAGAACACUCCUACCAAGGUUGCUGGUUCAGCUGCGAUUGAGAAGGACUAUUUGGACGUGUUGAGUAUGGAAGUGCACUGUCGAACGAGAGGCGGCUUGUUGCCUGAUCCGAAAACUGAUCCUAUCUUGGCUGUGUUCUACUGCUGGCAGACUGAACGCGAAGGUCUCGCCUCGAAUGGAUGGGUACCUGGUUUCCAUGUAGGCAUCAUCACCUAUGAGGGGUCUGGCAUGCUUAAGAAGCUGGCCUUGGGCCCACUGGGAGUGAGCGUCGAGAUUGCAUUGGAUGAGGGUGCGAUGAUGAACGCUGUCAUUGACCGUGUCCGGCAACUGGAUCCCGACAUUCUUGCGGGUUACGAGGUUAACAACCUAUCGUGGGGGUAUCUAGUAGAUCGGUAUCAGGCAGCGUUCUCGUUGGACAUGACCAAGCUAAUCUCUCGUGUCCGACCCCUCAAAGCCCCUAUCUUGUCCAAGAGCGCAAUGGAGGCCCAGAAUUCGUUCAAUAGCCGAAAGAACUCUGGGUUGAAGGUUGUGGGACGGCAUGUUUUCAAUGUCUGGCGACUGAUCCGUGGAGAGGUUGCUCUGACGAACUAUGGAUACUGCAACGUAGUAUUUCAUGUUCUCCAACAAAGGAUCCCUCAUUACUCGUUCGAGACACUUACGAAGUGGUGGACUGACGAGUCUGCCCUGCACCAAUCUCGGGUCAUCAAGAACUACGUCCACCAAGUCCAGUACGUGCUCCAGCUGAUCGAGUCCCAGGAGCUGAUCUCUCGAACAAGCGAGUUUGCUCGAGUCUUCGGAGUGGAUUUUUUCAGUGUCAUCUCUCGUGGAUCGCAGUACAAGGUCGAGUCGUUAAUGAUCCGCCUGUCCAAACCAGAGAACUAUAUCAUGAUCUCUCCGAGCCGAGCUCAAGUGGGCGCUCAGAGGGCAGCAGAGGCGAUCCCAAUGGUCAUGGAGCCCGAAUCUGGAUUCUACGAGGACCCUGUUGUUGUCUUGGAUUUCCAGAGUUUGUACCCGAGUGUCAUGAUUGCCUACAACUAUUGUUAUUCGACGUGCUUAGGCAAGCUUGGAGGAGGGACCAAACUGGGAGUCAUGACGGAUUAUGUUGUUCAAGAUGGGAUCCUUCCUUUGAUGCAGAAUCACUUAAACAUCGCGCCGAAUCAUGUUAUGUAUGUGAACCAGGAGAUUCGGCAGAGUCUUUUGGCGAGAAUGCUCUCAGAGAUUUUGGACACUCGGAUCAUGGUCAAGAAGGCGAUGAAGGAAUACCCCAACAACAAGUCGCUUCUCAAACUGCUGGAGGCCCGUCAGCUGUCACUCAAACUAAUCGCCAACGUCACAUACGGUUACACCUGUGCCUCAUUCUCUGGUCGGAUGCCCGGUGUCGAGAUUGCAGACUCGAUCGUGCUCUCAGCGCGUGAGACCCUCGAGCGAUCGAUCCGGUACGUGAACGAGAACCCGAAAUGGGAUGCACGCGUUGUCUAUGGUGACACAGACAGUAUGUUUGUGCAGCUCAAGGGGCGGACGCGACAGGAAGCGUUUGAGAUUGGAUAUGAUAUCUCGGAGACCAUUACGCGGAUGAACCCUCGACCGGUGAAACUCAAAUUUGAGAAGGUCUAUCAUCCUUGCUUUUUGGUCACCAAGAAGCGGUAUGUUGGGUCGUCGUAUGAGACACCUGGGCAGGUUGAGCCGAUCUUUGAUGCCAAGGGUAUUGAGACCAUUCGUCGCGACGGUGUGCCUGCCGUCCAGAAAAUCAUGGAAACCUGUGUCAAGACGAUGUUUCGUACACAAGACUUGUCCCUUGUUAAGGCGUACUUGGUGCGUCAACUUGGCAAGAUUCUUGGGGGACAUGUUCCUGUCCCCGACUUAAUGUUUGGCAAGGAAGUCAAACUUGGGAAAUACAGAUUCUCACCAUUGCCCUUCUACUUUCAUGCUCUACUCUUCAGUGAGAAGGGAGUCCCGCCACCAGGUGCGGUUGUGUCGGAGAGGAGGAUGGAGCUGGACCCUCGGUCAAAGCCCCAGUACGCUGAACGCGUUCCCUAUGUGGUUGUCUAUGGCGACCCCAGCGCCCGAUUGACGGAUCAAAUCGUAGAACCUAAAGAGCUCCUCAGGAACAAGGACCUCCGACUGAACGGCGAAUACUACAUCAGGAAGCAUAUCAUUCCUUCGUUGGAGAGAAUUCUGCAGCUCGCUGGUGCGGAUGUCAAGGCUUGGUAUGAUGAGAUGCCGAGAGUUCAAAGAGCCAUUCCCAUGACCGCGCUAGGAGUUGGUGCACCAUCGUCGGCGGCUAAUGUCGUUCCGAACGAGCAGACAGCCGCUGUGAUGGCGGCUCAGCAUCACCAGGCCGCCGCUGAGGUUAACCUUGGUGACGCAGCCGGUCAAGAAGUCGUCCCUCCUUCUGGAUCUGAAGCUGGAACAACGAAUGCAUCAGGAGCCGGCCAUGAUGUAGCAAUCGGGCCGUCAUUUGGACCUAUGGCACCUUUGGGACCUCCAAAGUUUAAGCCUAAGCGACGACGUGGUGGCAAAGGGUUCGUCUCCGUUGGAUCGCGAAUUGAUCGAUACUACCAGAGUCAGUCAUGUAUUGUCUGUGGCAAACUCGUGGUUGGCAAGAAGUCUGGUUCAGUAGAUGUGUGCACGGACUGUUCGAGUGACUAUGGUCGAGCCAACUCUAUCUUUGCGAUGCAGACUCGAUUGUCGAACGCCGAAAAGUUGUUCCGCGCAGCGGUGGAUGUCUGCAGUUCCUGCUGUCGUGCUGCGCCCUCUGGUGGAGCUGGCGUCAGAGUUGGUGGAGGAAAAGGAUCGUCAUCGUCGUCGAAGGGUGGAGCCGCUGUUGUUGGCGUGGGGUAUCCAGGUGGUGAUGUGAUAGGGACGGAAGUGGUGGCGUGUGAGAGCUUGGAGUGCACGGUGUUUUGGCAGAGACGGAGAGCACAGGAUGCGGUUGUUGUUGCUCAUCAGCAGAACGAGAGGGUGCUGCGUGAGUUGGAGGAGCUGGAAUUUUGA